AUGUCCCACUUGCAAACCCCCCGGGGCCACAAAACCCGCUCGUCAAUAUCGCGAGCUCUUCUUAGUCCGGCCGGUGGCCUCGGCACGCCCCGCCAUACUAAGACGACACCCAACGCUUACAACCGAAAGCUCAAGCUGUUCGCCGCGGAACUAGCACAUCCGCAACUUGAUUUUGACGUCUGCAACCACGGUCCAUCGGUCCAACUCCAGUACUGUCGUGCAAAUGACGUCAAUGUCGGACGCCUCUUCACCACGUGUGCCACAUCCGGUUGCCCCCUCCGCGGGUUCAGAUACCUGAGUGGCCGUCUUAGCGACGCCGAACGAGACCUCAUCGAGCGCAUGCGGGUCAACGUCUCAGACUUACGAGAUGUACACAAGCGUCGUAAGGCAUUGACAGACCGGCGAGACUCGCAUGAUGCGGCGACGGUUGAAGACCUCGACGAACAGCUCCGACAGGUCGCCGAUGAGGAAGCCCGCCUCGACAGAGACAGCACCGAUCUGGUCCGACGUGCCACUCUCCUCCGCGAGCAGCGCGUCGUCCCAGCUCCCCAAGUAGCCAAUGCGGCUCUAACUGCUGUGGCACGCCGUCCUGGAGCUGCCACCGCAACUCGUGACGUUGUGGCUGUGCGGCAACCACCCUCACACUCUCCCCAUGCCGCCAGCUCCCCGCCCUCUCGACUCACUGCCUCCACCGACUCGGACGUGGAGAUCGUCGAUGGGCCUCUGCAAGCCCCUCGCAAAACCCCUCAGCGCCAGCGCAGGAGCAGUGCGUCGAGUCGUAUUCGCGGCCCGCUCAGCCGCGAGCCAAUCGAGCUAAACAGUCCAUUGUUGCCCGGCCACCCAACAUGA